AUUGCGUAGUAUAUCUUCAGGCUUUAAGAACGUUACUAUUUAGUGCGUCAGAGCAGUAUAAGGGGAGACCGGGGCUAGAAGUAGAAGUCACACAGAGAAGCUGCGAAAUGGCGCUCAUAACGGAGUACUGGACCCUGGAUGGCAUAAUAAUUCUAACAAUUCUCAUUAUAAUCGCUUACCUUUACAUGACUCGCAAUUUCAAGUACUGGAAAAAACGAGGCGUUCUGGAAAUACCGCCCACACCUUUCGUGGGCAAUUUUAUGGAAUGUCUACUUCUACAGAAACCCCCGUCGUAUUUCCUAAAAGAUCUCUACGAGCGAGCGAAAGACGAACCUUAUAUAGGUUUCUACAUUUUUGACAAGCCCUUCUUGUUGCUUCGCGAUCACGAACUCAUUAAGCACGUCUUGAUAAAAGACUUUAAUAUUUUCUUCGAUCGAUACGCCACGGGCAAUCCAAAUGAUCGUAUUGGUCACGCCACUCUCUUCUUCCUUAAAAAUCCAGCUUGGAAAAUUAUAAGAACGAAAUUGACAUCUUUCUUCACAUCCAGUAGACUGAAGAAAAUGUUUGGCCUGAUGCUAGAAUGCGGGAAGCAUUUAGAUGAAUAUCUUGACUCAUUAAAAUUGAAUGAUAAGGGACAAAUAAUGGACGUAAGGGAUGUGAGUUCCAAAUUAACUAUGGAUGUAAUCUGCAAUACUGCUUUUGGACUUGACGUGAACACGUUCAAAGAUCCGAACACUGAUUUCCGCAGAUAUGGCAAAAUGAUGAUAAAAAAUAAUUACGUGCGCGGCUGGGAAUGGCUUGCAAUGUUCUUCCUUCCGGGUAUAACUCGUAUGGCUAAUCUGAAAUUGUUCGGUGAGGAGACCACCGUCUUUCUGCGCAAAAUUUUCUCGGAAACAAUCACUAGACGCAUGGAAUCUGGCGAGAAGAGAUACGACCUCAUCGAUAUUUUGAUCGAGCUCAAGAAGAACAAUAGCGAUGAAGAGGUUGAAGGCUUCAAAUUCGAUGGGGAUGAUCUCAUGGCACAAGCGGCCAGUUUCUUCGCAGCUGGUUUCGAUACUUCCGCAAUACCGAUUGCUCUCACGUUGUACGAACUCGCAUUGCAACCUGAAAUUCAAAGUACACUAAGAAAAGAAAUACUCGAGGCGCUCAACGAUUCCGACGGAGAAAUCACAUACGACAUGAUCAGGUCGCUAUCUUAUCUGGAUAUGGUGGUAUCGGAAACUUUGAGAAAGUAUCCGUCACUAGGAUUUCUGAAUCGCAUGACAAUGCAGACUUACGAAGUACCGAACUCUAAUCUCGUACUCGAGAAGGGCACGCCAGUUUACAUCCCGAUGCUUGGCCUACACUAUGAUCCAGAAUAUUUCCCCGAGCCUCACAAGUUCGAUCCGGAGCGAUUCAAUGAGGAGAACAAACGUAACAGACCGCCAUGCGUUUAUUUCCCAUUCGGAGAAGGCCCACAUGUGUGUAUAGGCAAUCGCUUCGGGCUUUUAGUGAUAAAGCUAACGCUCAUUAAAAUCUUGAGUAAAUAUGAAGUGACACCGUGCGAAAAGACUAUGAUACCGAUGAUAGCUGAUCCGACAACAAGCUUGACAACACCGUUAAAUGGUGUAAUAUAUCUCAAUAUGCGAAAAAUUAAUACUGCUGCUAAUUAA